GGGUUCUCUCUCAGCUCUGGGAGGGGAGUGAGGCUUGUGGGUCUGGCUUUCUCUCUAAAGUGCUUGGGCCUGUCAGGCCCUGGGAUGGGUUGGGAACAGGUGCAGGGAGCAGGAGGGGGUGAGUGAAAGUGACUCCACAGUGGUGGAGGGGGGGGAGAUCCGGUGUCCGGCCCACCCUGGAAGCUGCUCAAAAUAACUUGCCCCUAUUUAAUCAGCCCCAGCUGGGAAAGGCCUCAGCCACGAUGUGGGGGCCCUGUGUGCUGGUCUGGGCCCUGCUUGGCGUGGCUCUUGGUGGGGCCCCAGGCAGGAACGAGGAGUUGCAGCUCUAUGAGAAACUCUUUGCCAACUAUGACAAGAACACGCGGCCCGUCCGGCAUCCUGACGACAUCGUGGACGUGCAGUUAAUGCUCACGCUGACCAACCUCAUCUCCCUGAAUGAGAAGGAGGAGACUCUGACCACCAAUGUUUGGAUAAAGAUUGAAUGGGUGGACUAUCGUCUGAAUUACAGCAAGAGUGAGUUUGAAGGGAUCCGCUCACUGCGAGUCCCCUCCGACAUGGUCUGGCUGCCCGACAUUGUCUUGGAGAACAACAUUGAUGGACAGUUUGAGAUCGCCUACUAUGCUAAUGUGCUGGUAUACCCUGGGGGAGCCAUGUACUGGCUGGCCCCCCCCCCCUACUUCCCCUUCGACUGGCAGAACUGCUCCCUUGUCUUCCAAUCCCAGACGUACAGUGCGAACGAAGUCAAUCUGCAGCUUUCAAUCAAUGAGGAGACAGCGCGGCCCUUCGAUGAAAUCGAUAUAGACCCAGAAGCUUUCACAGAGAACGGGGAGUGGGCCAUCCGGCACCGGCCGGCCCGGAGGGUGCUGCACCCGGAGUUGGGCCGGGAAGCACUCGGCUUCCAGGAGAUUCGCUUCUCACUCAUCAUCCAGCGCAAGCCCCUCUUCUACAUCAUCAACAUCAUCGUGCCCUGCGUGCUCAUCUCCUCCCUCGUCGUGCUAGUUUACUUCCUGCCUGCGCAAGCUGGCGGCCAGAAAUGCACUCUGUCCAUCUCAGUGCUGCUGGCUCAGACUGUUUUCCUCUUCCUCAUCGCCCAGAAAAUCCCAGAGACUUCGCUCAGCGUCCCCCUCAUUGGCAAGUACCUGAUGUUCGUCAUGGGGGUGGCGACGCUGAUCGUGAUGAAUUGCGUCAUUGUGCUCAACGUGUCUUUACGAACCCCCAACACUCACUGCAUGUCUGAGCAGCUCAAACAUGUGCUCCUAGAGGUCCUGCCACGGUACCUAGGCUCAGCGCUGGAGCCCUCGGGGGAUCCCUGGGCUGCGCCUCCCACCCGGCGGCGUAGCUCCUUCGCCAUCAUGCUCAAGGCUGAGGAGUACAUCCUGAAGAAGCCACGCAGCGAGCUCGUCUUUGAGCACCAGGGCCAGCGGCAUGGCCUCCACCGCAGCCCCACUCCUGAUGGGGUGGACGUGGGCAUCACAAGCACCUUGUACAAGAACCUGGCCAGUGCGGCCCCUGAGAUCCGGGAGUGUGUGGAGGCCUGCAACUUCAUCACAGAGACCACCAGGGAGCAGAACGCCAGCAGUGCUGAGAUGGAGAACUGGGUGCUGAUCGGGAAGGUGAUUGACAAACUCUGCUUCUGGGCUGCCCUGCUGCUCUUCACCAUUGGAACCCUUGGCAUUUUCCUCAUGGGACAUUUCAACCAGGUGCCCGACAACCCCUUCCCCCAGCUGCCAGACCUAUAGCCAGGACCCCACCUUGCCUUACCUCACCCAGCCUUUUCCCCCUCCUGCUGCAGUCACUGACAGCACAUGGAGGUAGCCAUGCUGGCCAGGCAGAUGUCCACAGGGAGCUCCCUUGCCCUAACCCGGGGCCAAGGCUCCCGGUCUGGGGGGCCAUGCCCCAUGACCACAUGUACUGUGGUGAAGUUACAAUGGCCCUGACCCACACAGCUGCAAGGUGCCGCUUCAGGCCUGGGCUUGGCCAUCCCUGAGGUUGCUGGUGCUAGGGAAGGCCCCCACCCCACCCCAGCUCCGUGUCCAACAGGGAGCCCAGGAGAGGCCCAAGGGAGGAGGGUUAGAAUUAAGAAAAGCACAGAGCAAUGGGGACACAGAUACCCCACUACCAACCCCAGAUGUUAGACCCAGGUUAUUACAGAUCCUCGUAUAAACAGCUGUCCUGCCCCAGACACAAAUGCAUCUUGGCACCAGGUGAAGGGAUCCUUUAUGAACAGCCACCUCAACCCAGACACAGCCGUAUCUUGGCACUGUGCAAGGGGCCCCUGUAUGAACAGUCGCUCCACCCCAGACAUGGAUUCAUUUCAGUAACAGCUGCCCCACCCCAGAAACAGACAUCUCAGCACUGGGUGAGGGGGUCCCUGUAUAAACAGCAGCCCUGCCUGACACAGGGGCAUCUUGGCACUGGGCGAGGAGUCCCUGUAUGAACAACCCUACAUCCCACCCCAGAGGCAAUUGCAACUCAUCUUCAAGGCUGUCCCCUCCAGAGCAGGGAGAUUCUGGGGACAUACAGCUCUCUGGCAUUAGCUCUUGUCAGAUUGGGUGGGGUCCAGACAUGGUUACAAUACCUGCUGAGCUAGUGUAGAUGGGCCCUGUGGAUUUCAUCCUCUGCGUAUUGCUCCUACUGCAGACCAUGCCACACCUGGUCCCAGCUCACUUUCCUGUCUCCCCUGCCUCCCUAACCUGGGCCUCUCAGGUGCCAGCCUCGGGCCAUCACACACCAAUCCUGUCUCACAAUGACCUGGGAACCUGCCCAUCCCCUAGCCUCAGGACCAUUCCAGGCUGCAAAGCUUGCCUGCAGAGAUGAAAAAGAAGUAAUAAAUGGGGAUGCAACACACACAGAAGUGGCAGUUGGGAGUCCUCCAGCCUCCUCACUUCCACCCGUGCCUGCCCUAGGACCACUGCAACCCCUUCCUGACUCUGCUGCAGGCUUGUGAGGAAGGCAGGAGCUUGUAUCAGUUUCAUCACUGGGCUUUGAUGCAGUUUUCAGGCUCUGGGAGGCCUCCCCCAUGCUCCACACUAAUUCGCCCCAGGCCCCACCAACUCAGACCCAGUGUCGUGCACUCUCUACAUUUCACCAAAGCAAAGCAGAAGCUGGCAGAGGCAAAUACAGAGUGGAUUUGGUGCUGCCUGGUCCCAGCUGGUGUUGUGCAGGACAGUGACCUCUGACAGCCAAAGACUGUCAGCAAUUUCACUUCCCUUCUGUCUGCUCUAGCUAAUAAAGGCACAUAUUUAA